UUUUAUUUGUUACAUUAUCGAUCGCAAAAAACAGAUAAAAAAAACAUGGCGAGUUUUAUUCAGAUAAUAAAUGAAUGCCAACAUUAAACGGGGUCAAUAAUUUAUCGUACAAAACAAGUAUCAAAACAGGAACUUCCUACACUUCCUCCAAAUUUCCGACGCGGGUACAAUUUUAUGUUGAUAAUGCGCUCCGUAAAAUAUAACCUCUGUCACCUUCCUUGUGUCAUUGUACAUGUAGUGAGGUGAAUGACAAUUGUGAUUAUAGGACAGUGAAUCCUGGGUUAAAGAACCGUUGGACGACCAUGGUGCCCUAUAAUAAUCUCUCCGGAUUUUCACGAUGGAUAUUUUCAAUAAUGUGUUUGCACCUGCUUUUUUCCCGGAACACGUCGGGAUCCCGUCUGCUUGUGAUACUCUUGGACGGGUUCCGUUGGGAUUAUCUGGAACAAGAUGGGCACAUGCUGCCUGGGUUUGGAAGCAUUCUACAGCACGGUGUGAAGGCCGAAUACAUGAUACCUGUGUAUCCAACGCUGUCGUAUCCUAAUUACUAUUCCAUCAUGACAGGUGUCCAUACAGAAAGUCAUGGUUAUGUCUCAAACCUCAUGUUUGAUGAAAAACGCGGUCGGAACAUUUUUAUGGACGAUGCUAACUUUCCCCAAGAGAAGCACGAGCCUCAUUGGUGGGACGAUGCUGAACCACUGUGGGUGACUGCAGAGAAACAGGGUAAAAAGACAUACUUUUACUACUGGAGGGAGUGUGAUGUUGCCAUCAGGGGAGUUAAGCCUACGUUUUGUCUACACAGACCAAAAGUGUCACAAAUUCCAGAAAUGCAGUAUUCAAUCCAAGAAUCGCUCAAUCUAUUUCAAAAUGGUUCUGCGGAUUUUGUUGGGAUAUACAUUGAAGCAGUGGACCAUUAUGGCCACAGAUACGGUGUGGGUUCCAAAGAACUUAAGGAUAUGAUCAAGAAAGUUGAUGACGAGAUUUACAAUCUGAUCAAACAAAUGACGUCAUUAGGGUUGGAUGACGUCAGUCUGAUGGUAUUUUCUGACCAUGGAAUGGCAAAUAUUCAAGAAACGGUUGAUUUAUUUAAAACACUAGACAUGGAGGAUGUGACAGCAUUAAUUCCCGAGGGAUCCACGGUGAAAAUCUGGCCAAGGCCUGGUUUGAUUGACAAGAUAUACGACGCUCUCCAAGAAGUUGCCAAGAACGGUAAAAUAACGGUGUACAGAAAAGACAACAUACCUGAGCGCUACAAUCUAAAGGGCCAUUACCGGGUAUCCCCCAUCUUUGUGGAGGCAGAUGAAGGGGUGUACAUCACCUCGCCCUGUAAAUGUGUGGGGUGUCUACAGUGUAAUAUCGUUUAUACCAGUAUUCCUCGAUACGAUGGCACUGAUCAGAUGAAAGGGAUGCAUGGCUAUGACAACGCUGACUCUGAUAUGAGAGCCAUAUUUCUGGCCUCUGGACCGGGUUUCAAAAAGAACUUCGUCAGUCCACCUUUCUAUAAUGUCGAGCUUUACCAGCUGAUGUGCAAUAUCCUGGGGGUGAAUCCUAACCCACAUAAUGGAACCUGGUCGAAAGUAUCUCCCAUGUUGCUAAAAGCGGAACCGGAGCGUUCAGAUCAUACCAUUAUGCAAGAACUGUGAUUGUAGACUGAUAAAGCACGAAGUUCGUUGAUAAAGAAAACUUCGAAACUGGUUACAUACCGGUAUUAAAUAAUUUAUUUGUAUCAUUUUGCCAAACGUGAAGGCUUUUCUAUUUAUUUGCAUUCACGGUCAGUAUAUCUAAAAUAAGAUUUACACCUUUGUCCAAGAACACACAUUAUUAAAGAAGCAUACACGUUCACACAAAUAAGAUUCGGUUUCUUUGAAAUUUACUUUGCUAAAAAUCGUAUAAAUAAAUUAAUAUAUUUUAAUCAAUAAAAAAAUAAAGGAAUCUUUAUAACGAAAUUGUUUAUUUUGUUUGAAUGUACCCUUACACUUGCAUUCAUGAGUAUUUAUCGAGACUGCAAAGUACACGUCUGAAAGUACACGAGAAGAACGGAGAAACAGUCCGUUAUUUUAACUAUCUAGUCUUGUGAGAAUGGCUGGUUGACAACAAUUCUAAACGAGUCAUCUAUGCCAUGCUCGUACUUUGUUGUAUUUAACUCGUUGAAAUUCUGUUUAUUGGUAACGCUAUUUUUGGUUGCAUUUGUAAAAUUAGUAUUUGAUGAGCUGUACUAAUUUUU